UCUGCAAACUCUUGAAGCCUUUGCUUCAGCAUCUUUGUUCAGGUGGUAGAACAGAUCACUAUUGCUGUUUUCAUCAUGAUCGACAGGUGCAUCCUCCAAAUCGCUCUCCUAUUGUGUUUCUCCACCACAGCUCUUUCCGUGAACUACAACUUGCUUCGGUACCAACAAAGGAGCAGCAACUUGGCAUGUAAGAAUCUCCUGCGGCAGAUGCCUGGAAUCCCUCAGUAUUGCCUCAAGGACAGGAUGGACUUUGACGUCCCUGAGGAGAUUAAGCAACCCCAGCAGUUCCAGAAGGAAGAUGCCGUAUUGGUCAUCUAUGAGAUGCUCCAGCAGAUCUUUGGUAUUUUCAGAAGAGAUUUCUCAAGCACUGGCUGGAAUAAGGCCAUCAUUGAGGAUCUCCUUGUAGAAAUCGAUGUGCGGAUAGACCAUGUGGAGACAAUCCUGGCGGAAAUAAUGAAGGAGAAAAACUUCACCAGGGGAGACAUGACCAUCCUUCACCUAAGGAUGUAUUACUUAAAGAUCGUGCAGUACUUGAAGUCCAAGGAAUACAGCGGCUGUGCCUGGACAGUAGUCCAAGCGGAAAUCCUCAGGAAUUUUUCCUUCCUUAACAGUCUUACAGAAUGCCUUCAGGACUGAAGAUCUCCCACCUGUGGCUCUGGGAACGGACAAUGCUGACAAUGAUGUCAGGUUCUUCAACCAGCGGUGGCUCUUUAAGUGACUGACAGUCAAUGCAUUGGACUUGAAAGGACAGUUAAAGACUUCAAGCUUUUUUAUUAUUAUUAAUUUAUGCAUUAUUUAUUUAUUUAAACUUUUACCUUGGGAAAUAAAUUAUUUACAAA